GAAGUGAGUCAUUUUACCAUCUACCCUAAAAUGCUUUUCCUCCUUUGUAUUUCCUUUGUCAAAUAUAUUCAUGUUGAUGUCUCCUUCAUGCAAAUUACUAGAUUGAACAUCUAAUUUUGACAUCAAUGUUAAUUAGACACUCUGAGCUAUAAGAUGAUUACAUGAAUUUGAAUAGGCGUCAGUCGGACUGAAUCCGAAUUAUUGAGAAUGAGGUAGCGGCCAUAUUGGAUUAAAAAAUUUCAAAAAUCUGAAAAUGGCAAAGAAAACGUACGAUUUGUUAUUUAAAUUGCUGUUGAUUGGGGAUUCAGGCGUUGGAAAAACUUGCUUGUUGUUUAGGUUCUCAGAUGACGCCUUCAACACAACGUUUAUAUCAACCAUAGGUAUAGAUUUCAAAAUCAAAACAGUAGAACUUGGAGGAAAGAAAAUAAAACUACAGAUAUGGGACACCGCUGGCCAGGAGCGCUUCCACACAAUCACCACCUCUUACUACAGGGGGGCCAUGGGCAUCAUGCUUGUCUAUGACAUCACUAAUGCUAAAACUUUCGACAAUAUAUCCAAAUGGCUACGAAAUAUAGAUGAACAUGCCAACGAAGAUGUUGAGAAGAUGAUUUUGGGUAACAAGUGUGACAUGGAGGACAAACGACAAGUGAGCAAAGAACGAGGAGACACCAUCGCCAGGGAACAUGCUAUACCAUUUCUAGAAACUAGUGCAAAGUCUAACAUAAAUGUAGAAAAGGGAUUUAUGGACUUAGCUCAAGCAAUUCUAAAUAAGACACCUGGUAAGGACUCUGGGGGCCACAGUGGCGGUGUAGACGUUCAUAAACAGGAAGCAACAAAAUCAAAGUGCUGCUAAGUUACACUGUCCCAAUUCCCCUGAUUGGCUAUAUAUAGCAGACUUAACACCAGCUAGGGCCAAUCAUUUAAUAUAUGUAUACGCCUUUAGGAAAGUAGGCAUAUCCAGAUUUAGAUACAUCUACCAGCCAUGGAUGCUUUAAAUGUAUGAGCCACACACAUACAGAAUACACAUUGGAUAUAGAUAUCAUUUAAGGGCAACAUGGAGGCUGGAUUAAUACAAAUGUGGGGAUAUCUUGUCUAGACUAGGAGCUCUGUUGUGGAGUAUGGACACAACACACAAGCGAGUGCACCUUGUCUUGUGAAACAGCAUAUUCAUAGGGAACCAUUAACUUGUAUGACGAGAGUUGAUUAUCAUAUAGCACUACAGUGUGUAUGUCUUAAACUGAAAUUUUACUGGACAUGACUUUUGUUGUAGUGCCAGUUCUUUCCAUUGCCAAAU